AUGACUGAAGGAAGCGAGGAUGUGAAACUAGUGGCAGAUCUUAAUGCCAAAUUAAAACUGCUUAAAUUUACACGGAACAAAACUGGCUCAAUUACAACUGGUUCUAUUAUUACUGCUAUGGAACGUCACCUUAAAGCGUUGAACACUGUGCUAGACGAUGUAGAUGGACUGCGAAAAAAUGUUGAACAGUCUAAAUUCGAAAAGGGCGAAGAACCGGAGGCGGUUGCAGAAUGGGGCGCAGAAUUGGACGGGGAGAUUGGGAAAACAGACGAAGUCAUAACUGCACUCAAGAAUGCCAUCACUGAG